AUGUCAGAGCAACACCAAGAUGAACCUCAUAGUCCGGUAACUAAAAGUUCUGCGGCUGAUGGUGAGCGUCAAGUUGGUAUAAUAAAACUAGCUGCUAUUCAAAUUAAAACGGAAGCAAGUAGUGUUUAUGAAAAGACAGAUGGUAUACAUUGCUACGAUGCCAUGCAGGAUGGUAAUAAAUCACCUUCUCAGGGGAACGAAGACUGUCAUGAUAAUUUAUCGCCAGAAGAUCCUUUAAAACAUUCCGAUUCUAAUCUAUCUGACGAGCUAGAAGUCGAUCAAAACAGCUUCAGUAAUCUUUUUAAGCAUCCUUACAUAAGGAAGCAGUGGCGGUCGAUCGCUUUAGCGGGCGUAUUGCUAUUGGCUGGAUUUAGUUUCUUGAUGACCGGAGUUAUAUUAAUAAUCAAUCACAGUAGUGUUUUUAUUUAUUUACUUGAGCAGACACUAAAAGCCUGGUUUUCUUCCUAUGUUCGGCCUUAUGCUUAUUGCCUAGCGAUUUAUGAACAUAAUUUCGCUCUUUUCUUGCAGUUUAUCAAAUAG